AUGUCGUCUUCAAAAAACCGUUCCGAUUCUGGAGCUCCUCAGCCAGUGAUGAGCCCACCAUCCGCUAUUACAUCUCUAUUUAUAGCGCCUCGCCUCUCGACCGAAGAGGACUAUGCUGCCCCAAAUCCAAAUGAGACUGGCCUGCAUAAUCGAACGCAGGACGUUCCAGCUGUAGCUGCAAAAAAGCAGCAGCAUACUCGGACAAAAUCGACAUUUAGCUUCGCGCAUCCGCCGCGUAGCACCCGUCGCAAACGCCUCGCACUGCGGUCGAAACUGCUACUUCAGUUGCACAGAGUAUCGCAGACAACGCGUCCUAUACCCGCUAUUGAUGUCCUAUCAUCCCCCAUCUGUUGCGGACCUCGAAAACUCCAAUCUAUAUAUAGGGGAAAGGACAGUGCUCCUGCGGGCGACCUUAUCCUCGUAACCAGAGACGCUCAUGAACCGGCGGGUACUGAGGAUGAUAGGAGUAUUUCAUCUGAUGACGAUCCGCAGGAUCACGGAGAGCUUGUUGCAACAGUAUGUCACCAUCGCAAAGAGGGCGCGAAAUCGAACGGGAUAGCAGAGAUAUCUUUACAGCAAGGGACCCGUUGGGAAGUUUCCCGCCUGCCCUCUGGUGGGUACGAGUUUAAGGGGACUAUGGAGAACGGAGAAGAAAAGUGCGCCCGUUGGGUUUUACGGGGAAAGGCGGGAGGUCGUCGAGUUUCUGGAUCCAGCACUGGUGCUGACAACACCUUCGACGAUUACAAGCGGUUUACAUUUAUAGUCAGUGGCGUUUGGGUUGCAUUUCGGGAAGGGUGGUCGCAGGCUCCGCUUUUCCCAGACAUUCCCCCUUCAACACCGACGACCCUUGGCCCCGGAAUUCGUAUUUCUUCCACUUCACAACAGCAACAGCAACAAGAACAAGAACAAGAACACCCAGAGUCAACACGAAAUUCAGGAAACAUUGUGGAGAGAGAGGCCACGACAGAUGGCAGUGCAAGGAGCAAAAGCUUUCCGUUCACUGGGGGCCGACUACGAUUGGGGGGCCUGACUCUGAACCGCGCAAAGACGACUAACAAGAAAUCAAAGAAUCCAACUUCUUCUCGACGAGCAACAUCUCGGAAAGGGAAAACCAGACUGAAGGAUGAUGGAAGAGACCAACCAAGCCAUGAUGCGCAUGACUCCUUUCAACCUACGAGUUUGACAAUUGGCGAACAAACGCAAACGAAGCCUAAUCCAAUGUCCAGUGAUCAUGGUCAAUAUCUAAGUGGAGCAAGAAACCUUCCUUCUCCCCGCUACUCAUAUGGUGAAGAUAGCCCGAACGAUGCGAUAUCGAGCGCCCCCAGUGUUUAUACCGGGGAAGGUAAACCGGAGCAGCCGAAAGGCAAGGGAUGGCGUAGAUUAGGCCAUUUUCUUGAUUUUGUUGGCAAAAAGGGGCCGGCAUCGACGUAG